UUUGGUGCCAGCAAUGCAUCGAAACGAUGGCCAGACCACGACAUUUCGACUCUCAAACUGUUGCAAUUAGUACACCGACACGCGGAGAGACCACCUAUUGUAUUUCCACCUAAAGACACAUACUCUAGCUCUAAGUAUUGGGUGGAGGGUGUGGGCGAACUGACCACUAAAGGCAAGUAUCGGAUGUAUAAGUUGGGAGAAUUCAUACGACAAGAGUAUAACGAUUAUUUGGGCGACAAAUACUCGCCCCGAGAGGUGUUUGUCAGGAGCUCUAUAACCGAUAGAUGUAUUGAAAGCACUUCCAGUCUAUUAGCCGGCGCUUAUCCACCGAAACAGCCGGACUGGCAGUGGAAUAAGGGAGAGGACGCUAAGUUGGGUCUGGUUUGGCAGCCCUUCCCUAUCCAGACAUUUAUGCCACACGAAGACGACUUAGUUUGCAAUCAGGACAAAGAGUGUCCGAUUGUGAACAAAGAGAGGGCUAAGAUCCACGAACGCCCGGAGCUGAAGAAGUUUGUGGAAGAUAACAAGGAACUGUAUGCUAAUAUGACAAAAGCUACGGGUUGGGCUAUAUCUACCAUCGCCGAUGCCUCCACUUUAUACGAU